GUUCAAUACCCAUUUGGUUGAUCUAAGCUUACUUGAGCAUGUAACUGUUGGCUGCCCAACAGAUGCAUUCUGAGCGCGGAUGAGAUUGCGCAGUCGAGAAAGCAUCCUCUUAAGCGGCGAUCUUUGCGAGGCUUUCUGAGCGGAUUGUUGGAUAUCAUGGCGGAGACGAACAGGGAAAUUCAUGACGCUGCUGGAGGCUGAAGAGAAGGCUUCGUCCUGGCUUCCAGUCGAGGAAUCCAUGUGUGGGUCCCCAAGAGGAAGAAUGGGUCAUUUCGUAGGGUCGACGGCCCGAAGAUGCCUGGUGCGGCAGACCGUAACUGCGCCCACCCCAGCGAGCCCAGCGGCAUUUAUGGCCAGCAUCCGGGGUGCAUGUCUGUAUGUCGCGACCUCCACACCGACGAUCAUCUUCGGCCAGUGCCGGUAUGACCUCAGAGAGCAGCCUGGCACCAUCUUUGACAUGACGGGAGUCCCAGGGGCGAACAGGGUACAGGUCCUGUUUCUCACACCCACUGAAAUCCUCAAGAUGCAGUCGGGCAUGAUUCGAUCUCUUCUCGGAGAAUAUGCUACCUUACCAGCCAUCCAACGGACUCUCAGGCGUAGUUUAGCUCGACAUUGGGUGUACAUUUAUUGUCAUAUCCCCCUUCCCUGUUUCGGGUUGGUUUUAGAACUGACGGCCGAGUAAGACGGCCCGGUACGUCGACGAUGAAUGCAAAGCGCACCCUCCAGGACUCGUUUUCCAGAAGACAAGCGCAGCACUCUCGCUUAUUUCGUCAUUCCGCAUCGUUCUGCCGCCGGGGGUAUUUCGGCUUCCCUUCACGCCCAAUGAGCCGAGUGCAUGUCGGUUCUGGCUCUCGCAGGCGAGUCUGGGGAAGUCUGGGGAAGUCUGAGGACUGUGGAGGACAGCAGAGGCCGAAGUACCGUGGGCUGAUAGAUAUCCAUGUUGCAUCCAAGCAAACUUGCCCAUUCAGCACCGACAGGAUCGGCAGUCAGGUUCUG